AUGGCUGACAGCGGCGGCACCGCCAGCUCCGGCCCCUGGUGGAAAUCGCUAAUGAACAGCAGGAAGAAAAGCAAAGAAGCCACGGUGGAGACGCAGCCUCCUGCUCAGCCCGCCCCCGGGGAGCCUGCGCAGCCCGCGACACUCAAUCCGGACUGGACUAGCAGCUCCGAGAAGAACCUGCACCUGAAUCUCUCCGGGGACGCCGGCGAGCAGCACAAGCCAGACAAGUUAUACGGGGAGAAAUCGGGCAACAGCCGCCGCAGUUUGAAGAUCUCUCGCUCAGGCCGCUUCAAGGAGAAGAGGCAGGUUCGCGUCACGCUGCUCCCGGAGGGAGUCGUAUCCUCGGAGGAGGCAGGAGUCCCCUGCGACCCCCAUGAAGAGAAUCAAUAG